UGUACCCAGUGUUCCUAUAGAGCUGCUACUAGUAGUAAUUUAAAGAGACAUUUAGCUAUACAUUCAGAUACCAGGGAAUUUCAAUGUGCUAUUUGUAUGUUGAACUUUCGUCAGAAAAUACAUUUAGAAAGACAUCUCAAAUAUAAACAUCAGGAGAAAACAGUGAGUUGUCCUAUUUGUCCAUAUUUAUGUGCCAAUGAAAAUCCAGAUCUAAGAAUUCACAUUCGCAGGAAACACAUGCCUGUGGAUUCGUUGAGUGCACAUAUGUGUGAUGAGUGUGGAUUGGUGACUGUCAGUAAAAAAGACUUAAAACAACAUCAGAAAUUCCAUAAAAAAGGUCCUGAAUUGAAGUUUUUCUGUGAAAAUUGUAGUUUUGUGACUGACUGCGAAAGUAGAUUAAGAAGACAUAUGUUUAUUCAUACUAAAGAGAAACCAUAUCAAUGUGGUUUAUGUGAAUAUCGCGGCUCACAGAAAGAACAUGUCUUACGUCACAUGAAAUCUCAACAUCAAAAAAUAUUUGCUUGUAAUCAUUGUACAAUGAAAUUUUCUAAAUUGAUCAAUUUAUAUAAACAUUUACAUGCCCAACAUAAAGGUGUUAUGCCAAAUAGUGAGGAAGAAUUCACUUGUGUAGUUUGUGACUUCAGGACAAAUAAUAAAAAGAAUUUAUUAGUUCAUAUGAGAAAACAUAAUGCCCAAGAUCAAAGUCCUCCUUCUCAUGUAUAUUCAUGUGUUUUAUGUCGAUAUAUGAACCCAAGACGUAGAAAUUUAUUCCAACACAUGAAG